CCUGGCCCGUCAAGUGCUGUUCUGAAUUUCGAACCCCAAACGCCUUAUCCGAAAAGAAAAAAACUCAUCCAUGGACCUGUAUAGUGUACAGGACCUUAAUUUUCUCUCUGCACAAAAUCUCUCAUUCAAUAAUACAAAAAUGUUACCAUCCAUGGCAGUUCAACCUGGUGUUAACACUGCUUUCUUCUCUUCUUCCUUCUCUUCUCAGAUACCCAGUCUCAGACCCUUCAAAACCUCACCUUUUGUGACGCCUAAUGCAUUUUCUCUGCAUCCGUGUACCAUUAUUGACCAGAGGAACAAACCCUUUAGAAGAAAUCAAAAUGUCUCUGUUUCAGCGGCCCCAGAAGCACUCACAGCUGAAACACCUUCUGAAACUGAGAGUUCAACCUCCACAAGCUCAGAAGAACCGAAUCCCACUAAAGAAAUUGAGAAAACUGAGGUGGUGGUGAAGCCAGUGGAGACGCCAAGGCUGGUGUUGAAGUUCAUAUGGAUGGAGAAGAACAUUGGUCUAGCUCUUGAUCAGGUGAUACCAGGGCAUGGCACAAUUCCUCUGAGCCCUUACUACUUUUGGCCGAGGAAGGAUGCAUGGGAGGAGCUCAAGACCACUCUAGAAAGUAAACCAUGGAUAUCCCAGAAGAAAAUGAUUAUACUUCUUAACCAGGCCACUGAUAUUAUCAAUCUGUGGCAGCAGAGUGCUGGCAAUCCUACAUCAUAAACACAGUGUAGGGAAGACCUUGCUUUUUUGAGGGGUGCAGUUAUCUAGGAUCUGAGAGGCUGAUUUGAUAUUUUUCUUUCCAAGUGUUAUUUCAUUCUGAAUUAUGUCAAUGUCCAGGCUUGUUCAGGUUGCAAUUCCUGUAAUUUUGCCAAACUUUAUCUGUUUAUGGAAGCGUGAAUUGAUUACUAAGUGCUUCUAUUAA